UUCCCUCUGCAUAGUCAUCAAAGAAGAGAGUCUCCAUCAUCAUCAAUAUCUGCGUAUCACCUUCAUUCUUCCAUGUCCUCCGCUAAUCCCUAUGUAAUCAUUGACGACGGCGACGAUGACGAAGUGUUUGAUUGGGAUGCCGCUGCACGAGAAAUCGAUGUGGCUUGUAAAGUCGCAAAGCCCUCCACUCCGCUCGUUGGUGAUACUUCCAAUUCGCGCCAAAUGACUUUACAUAAAUUUCUGGAUAAGAAGGAAGCCCCAAGGCCUCGACUCGAGGAACCCAAGGUCUGCAAGAAUGAGCAAGAAUGCUUCGUAGGAGAUGAAGGGGUGAGCUGCAUUGAGGUUGAUGCUGAGGCAGUCAAAACUUGGAUAUACCCAGUCAAUGUUCCUCUUCGUGACUACCAAUUUGCUAUAACAAAGUCUGCUUUAUUUUCAAACACAUUGGUGGCAUUGCCAACAGGACUUGGGAAAACUCUGAUUGCUGCAGUUGUCAUGUACAACUACUUCCGAUGGUUUCCCAGAGGAAAAAUUGUUUUUACUGCUCCUUCUCGGCCACUGGUCAUGCAACAGAUUGAAGCAUGCCAUAAUAUCGUAGGAAUACCUCAAGAAUGGACAAUUGAUAUGACAGGUCAAGUAAGCCCAGCUAAAAGAGCAUGCUUUUGGAAAACCAAACGAGUUUUCUUCGUCACUCCACAAGUAUUGGAAAAAGAUAUUCAUUCUGGUAAAUGUUUGGUGAAAUACUUGGUAUGUUUGGUAAUUGAUGAAGCCCACAGAGCAAUGGGAAAUUACUCUUAUUGUGAAGUAGUUCGUGAGUUAAUGGCUGUGCCAGUGCAACUGCGAAUAUUGGCUUUAACAGCAACACCAGGAGCAAAGCAGCAAACAGUCCAGCAAGUCAUUGAUAAUCUGCAAAUCUCCAAGCUCGAAUAUCGCAAUGAAAAUGAUCCCGAUGUAAUCUCAUAUGUUCACAAAAGGAAGAUAGAGCUGAUUCAGGUUGCAAUGGGUCAAGAUGCUGUUGAAAUAAACAAGCAGCUUUUGGAUGUAAUACGCCCACUUGUAGGUCGGCUCUCAGCAAUUGGAGUUCUCAAGAAUAGAGAUUACCGCACAUUGAGCCCUUGUGAAUUACUUGAAAUGCGGGAAAAAUUUCGUCAAGCACCUCCACAAGAUCUUUCCAAUAUCGAUGUUGAGGGCCAUUUUGGAGUUCUUAUUAGUCUUUACUACAUCCAUAAGCUACUUUCAAGUCAUGGAAUCAGGCCAGCGCACGAGAUGCUUGAACGAAAAUUGAAGCAAGGAUUUUUCGCAAAAUAUAUGAGUAAAAAUGAAGUUCUUCUGACGGCAAGGAUGUUGAUGCAGCAAAACUUAUCUCAUGGAGCACCAAGUCCCAAGUUGUCCAAAAUGCUUGAAAUACUGCGGGAACAUUUCAAAGCCAAUGAUCCUCAGAGCUCUAGAGUUAUUAUUUUCUCCAAUUAUAGAGAAAGUGUGAGGGAUAUAAUGGAUGCAAUAGCAAAUAUUGGAGAACCAAUCAGAGCUACCCAGUUUAUUGGUCAAAGUUCAGGGAAAACAAUGAAGGGUCAGUCCCAAAAAGUUCAACAGGCAGUGCUGCAGAAAUUCCGUUCUGGAGCCUACAAUGUCAUUGUUGCUACAUCAAUUGGUGAAGAAGGUCUUGAUAUCAUGGAAGUUGAUCUCGUUGUAGCUUUUGAUGCUAAUGUGUCACCACUAAGAAUGAUUCAGCGCAUGGGGAGAACUGGAAGAAAGCACGAUGGACAAGUUGUAGUUUUAGCUUGUGAAGGGACUGAACUGAAGGGAUACUUGCGGAAACAAGCUAAGAGCAAGGCUAUUAGUAAACACAUGCGAAACGGGGGCAUAAAUAGCUUCACUUUUCAUCCUAGUCCCAGAAUGAUUCCCCACGUCUUUAAACCAGAGGUUCAGUUUGUUGAGCUGUCAAUUGAGAAAUUUGUUUCCCGUGAGAAAAAAGUAAAAGAUGACUCUAUUCAGAUACAUGCAUCCAUUGGCAAACUUACGGUUGCUGAGAAUAAUAUACUUGCGAAGUAUUUUCCCGCCACUGGUGAAAAUACGUGGAAGCCAUCUCUUAUUGCCUUUCCUUACUUCCAGACGUAUCCUUCUAAAACACAUAAAGUGAAUCAUUCUUGUAGAGCAAUAAUGCUCAUUGAUUUGAUGCAACGUCUGCAAGGACAAGCAUCAAUCCUAGGAAAUAGCAAAACUUCCAUUCUUCAGGAUGGCCUGUGUAUAGAAGAUAGUAAUGCACUCGACUUAAACAAGAUUGAUGAAGUUAGAUCAGGGAUUCAAACGGAUGAAGACUUUGUUGAUCUAACUGCACCAGAUAAUAUUGUGGGAGAACAGAGAUCGCCUAGUACAAGUUGCAUAAAGAAGGAUGAUUUGCCGUCAUCUAGCUUUAUUGACUUAGAUGAAAAUAAAGAGGAAACAUGUGAGUUUGAAGAGACAGUUCCUGACACUCCAAUUGCUAAGACAGUUUUGUCAAAUGAAGGACAUAGUGAUGGUAAAUGCCUGAUAUUGCUCAGAUCAAGACAUCUUUGUUGCAAGACGAUGCAUUCAAAUGACAUCACCGAGUCACAGUGUAGUCCCCGUUUAACCAGUUUAAUUACAAGUGGUGUUGUUCCAGAGUCUCCCAUCAACGAGAGAGGUGAUUUUCUUCCAGGGUUAUUAAGAAGCCAGCUUGUCAUUCGGGACAGUAAACCGCCUAUUCAACUCCAGACGGAACAAAUUACCUCAUGUUCGAGGACAAAUGAGAAGGUCCUUAUUGAUAAUGCCACAGAUGUAAAUAAUGUAUCUAUUGAUCCUGCCGAUAUUGAAACUCAAACCAUUUUAUUCGAACGGAAGAGUUGUGCAUUUAGAAGAGGUCAUGUCUUUAGUUCUCCUACAGUGGAGGAAGGCCAAAAUCCUUUUGCGGACAUUACAAACCACAGCUUUAGUGAAGAAUCACCUUUAUGUUGUGGAGAAGUUACUGAAAGUGUGAAGCCGGCACGUAAAUUUAAAAGGUUGCGUAAAGAUGGUGAUGGUAGAUGUCAUAGGAAAGAGAAAAGCCUGAAGGAUCGUGUUUCAACAGAAAAUCUUGGCAAAAUUUCAUUAACCCCUGGUUCUAAACAAAAUAAACAUGGCCGAGGUGGAAGGAAAUCAAUGCACAAAGUCAGAGUCUUCAUUGACGAUGAGGCUGAGGUAUCUUCAGAAGCUGAUGUUUCUAAUGAUGAAGAUGGUGAGGAUGACGGUUCAUUGGAUAGUUUCAUAGACGACAGGAUGAACCCUACAGCAUCCACUCAGUCUAAAGCCAGCGGAAUAGACAUGAUGGCCAUAUACAGGCGUUCUUUGCUCAGUCAACUACCAGUUGAAGGAGGGACCAACAUUUCAGCUACAUUUAGUCCAGAGUACGUGUCAUCCAUGACUAAAAUCAGCGAAAAUGGAGAUUCUUCAGGCAGCAUACCAAGACAUCUUCAGACACCUCAAAUUGAGCCAACAAAUCAGUCAGCUUCGAAGAGUAUGCAAUCAGUUGAAGUCAACCAAAUCACCUCUGAAGCUGUACCUUCAAGUUGUUUUUCUAUCGAAACCACAACAGAGAUGAGAAGUCGCAAAAGCAAAUUGACAUUUCAUCAUUUCGGAUUUCCAAGUACGAACCUUGAGCAGGAAUUUGCUCUUCAAUCAAAUGAAGAAUCUACGAAAGUUAAUGCAUCAAAGGAUAUUCUCUGUGAUGAUCACAUUUUUGAUAAUAUGGAUCUUGAUGAGUUGGAGGCUCAAGCAGCUUCUCUUCUAAAACAAAAAUCAGAUUUGUCAACUCAGAAGCAAGUUACACAAACAAUGCCUCAAUCUCACUUGCACAACCCUCACCUUUCCAACCCAUCAUUCGAUCUUGGGAUAUGAAAAUUCAUGGAAUGCAAAGUAAUAACCAUUGCUGCUGCUGGCCCUGGCACUCCCAUUGUGGAAUUACCUUGGCGCAAUUUCAGAUAGUAGAAAAUUCAGAAGGAUUUUGUAAAUGUUGAUAUUUCAGUUAUCAGUAAUUGUAUAGCUAAUUCAUGCAUAUAUGUGGCAAGAAACUAAUGUAUUCACAUCCAUUGGUAUUUAA